AUGCCUCCUAUAAUCUAUAUGUUUACUUAUAUCUUAUAUCUUAUAUCUUAUAUCUUACAUCUUACAUCUUACAUCUUAGUUCUUAUCUUUAUAUCUAUAUAUACAUCUAGAUACUUUUCUAUUCUUAUUUCUAGAUCCUUUUCUAUCUAUAUAUUCAUAUAUGUACUUUCUAUUUUAUCUUUAUAUUAUUCCUAUAGUGUUACCCUAUUCUAUUCUUAUAUUCUUAUAGAUGUUAUACCUUUAUACCUUUAUACUAUUCUAUUCCUCUUAUACCUUUAUACCUAUAUAGAGUUAUACCUUUAUACCUUUAUACCUUUAUACCUUUAUAGUGUUUUUAUUCUUUGA